UUUUGACCUAAGGGCUGCUGGCUUGCUUGUAGCGAUGGAGAAGAAGUCGCAGUGCUAGGGUAUGGCGGAUUGGGAGGAGGAGAGCUGCAUCUUCGAUGGCGUGCAUCCGAAGAUGGACCGGAGGAAGAAGCUCAGGCUUGCUGUUGCGACAGCUUGUUCUGCCGCGAGUGCUGUGGAGCAGAUUAUCAACGUAAGUCCUGCGUCGUUUGGACUGGAAACCGGUCUCGCUCGUGACCAGGACGAAGAGAAACGCCAGGAAGAAGAGGAUGACGAGCUCAACGCGCUCUUCUUCCAAAGUGCAAUGCUGUCGGCUUCUCUGGCGCUUUCCACGGAUGCUGGGUGGUGGGUGAAGCCGAGAAACCCAGCCUGGUUUGAUAAGUUCCUGCUCGAGGUGCACGACCGGGAUAGCUGGUUCAACGCUCUCAAGAUGUCUCGGGAGACGUUCUUGUGGAUCUGCGACCAGCUGAAGCCGCUGCUCAACAAGAAAGUCACCACCUUCAGGUCGCCGAUUCCGGUUCCAUGCAGGCUGGGUGCCGCGCUCUACAGGCUGACCAGCGGGGCUGACUUGCACGUCAUAGGCGAGAAGUUUGGAAUCGGUGUGAGCAGCUCGCAGAGCUGCGUCAUUGACGUGGUCAGGGCGAUCAACCAGCACUUUGGAAGCUGUGUGAGGUUUCCCGAGAGGCUCAGGCAGACGGCUGCUGGGUUUGUCGACAAGUGCGAGCUUCCGAAUUGCGUUGGUGCGAUUGGUACGACGAAUGUUCAAGUUAUGGCUUCGGGAGACGUACCAAGCUGUUUGAUCGCGCUCCAGGCUGUUUGCGACACCUCGUACAGGUUUCUGGAUAUACAAUGCAAUGCUCAGCAUCCCCACAGUCCUGGUCUACUGAAAACUGGAGCGAACUUACUCUCGGCGGCGCAGUCUGAGAACUCUUCGGUGCACUAUCUUGUGGGUGGUGACAAGUACCCGCUUCUUCCGUGGCUGCUGGUCCGCUACCAGGAGGCUGAAACGCCUGUGAUGGCUGAGAGUUUUAACAGGAGGCAUGUUCGGGCGGUGAUCCACAUCGAACAAAGCUUCGGGAUUCUCAAGGAGACGUUCGAGAUACUAGCGAAGUGCGUGAAGCACAACGUCAAGUUUGUUCCCAAAGUCAUCGCAGCCUGCUGCAUCCUACACAACGUUUUGCUGGACAAGAACGAGAUCCCGGUCGAGAGCAUUCUCCAGACACUGAGGCUGGACGAGGACAGCCUUGUAAGAUACCACCAACAACACCACCAUCUACAGGCAGGCAACGGCGAGUGUGCUAGUUUAGAGGAGCAGCAGGGCCAGGAACUGAGAGACCAACUCGCGGAGAUGUUCUUCCGAAAAGACUUGUGAUGGGCGAUGUUCUUCGUGGU